AUGAAUAUUCCAUUAAAAGUUCUAAAGGGAAAAUAUACUAAAGCUCAUAAAGGCAGCUGGGAUGCGGAAGCAAAUCACAAAUUUCUAAAGGAAAAGAAGCGUAAAGGAGAUCUUCUCAACAUUAGUAUCAAUAAGGUCCAUAAGUUAUCCCCAAAUGCUCCCAUAACUUUCCAAAGAACAACAACUAAAGACGCUGAAACGUUUGAUAUUAAGAAGAAAAUGUUUUCUAACACUAGAGGUUCAGCACAAGCCGAUAACAAAGAUAGAGUACUUGUAAAGAUAAACUUUGCUGAUCUUCUCCCUAAUGAUCAUAACUCAACCCACUUUAUGAUCAAAAAUGAUCCUGUCAAAAGCAAAAUGUUUGUCAAGAACAAGUUUAAGCCAAGAGAGCAUAACAAAUUUAUUCCAUCUUUAACUAAAUAAAAUUGAUUUUGAACCAGCAAAACAGCCAACUAAAGAGCCCCAAGGUUGCACUCUCAACAACUUUUUCGAUUGCCAAUUAAUCACUACAAAUGAUUUUACCAGAGGCUUACCCCUUACAGGAAGAAAGCAGAGAUUAAAACUUGCUCCUAAAGGAAAGCGAAGAAGCCUAAGAUCCCACCUUUCUAGUCCUCCAAGAGUUGUCACCAACAACUCGUCUCGAAAAAGCUUGGACAAUUGCAAAAAUGUUAAAUGAAUGAUUCACAAUACCACUAAAAGAUCAACUCCAAAUAGACCUUCACUAUGGUCUAGAAAUAGCCUAUCUGAGCUAGCUUCUCCCAGAAACAGCAUAAAUAUCAUAACAUCCAAUUUCACAACCCACAAAAUAACCAAAAAUAGAAAGAAAAUUAACAAAAUACACUCCCGAAUGAACUCAUGCUCGGCUAAUAAAACAGAUUCCCAGCAUGAUCUGUCUCCAAAAUACACCAAAGAAGGAGACCCCAAAUUCGUCCCAAAAACAGUUGCCAAAAACUCUUCCUCAUCAGUCGAGCAAAUGCUGAAUUCUCAGAUGCUGCAAACCAAACGAUUCACAAUGCUCAGAGACAAAUUCAAGCCAAAAGAGAGCAAAUUUAUCUCACUUGUCAACAACCUCAAACAGGGUAUUGAGAAAGGUGAAAUAAACGAAGAUGAAGAUGAUAAAUAGAUUAACCCAGAAUGGUCCCCAAAAAUUAGUCAGUAAAGCCAAAGCUGACCUGAAUGUCUUAGAAAAGAACAACAACUUGCUUAAAUAAACUCAAAAGUGAAGUCAAAGUUUCAUUGAAAAGAUCAGUCAUCUCAGCUAUAGAGAAUUUUAAAGACUACAAAUUAAGCUCUGUAGAUGAGUACAAGUAAAGCAGUUCCUCAGAAUCCAAUGUCUCAUCCAGACUCCAAAGAAUUCUUUGGGCAUAUAAAAUGAAAUAAUUUUGAUGAUGUCCGAUUGAUGCUCCAACUUGUACCAAACCUUGUUUAUGAGUUUGAUGCUAGGUUCCAAACUGGCUUGCACUGGGCUGCUAAAAGAGGUUAUUCAAAGAUCGUGAGACUUCUGAUUAAAUAUGGAGCAAAUAUAAACCUAAAGGAUGUCUCGGGAAGGACAGCUCUCUACAUCGCCUGCAAAUACAAUCACCAUGAUAUUGUCAGAACUCUUUUGGCAAACAAGGCGAAUGCUUUUAUAAAGUGAUCUCGAAAAAUCACUCCUCAAGACGCUACUUCUGAUCAUGCUAUUCAUCAAAUGUUAGAAAAGGGGAAAAUGAUUCAUGUAAUCAUGAGAUUCAUUCCCAAAACCAAGCGUAAGACUGUCCUGAGUGAGCUUGGCCUCAACUAUUUCCUAAAAGACAUACAGAAGGAAAUAGAAUCUCAAGGUGUUUAA